AUGAGCUUCCUCGAUCUGCCCAACGAGGUAAUUUUACUCGUGAUCUCCUACCUUGAAUACGGGAGUGAUAUUAAUGCCCUAUGCUGUACCACCCGGUGGCUGCAUGGACUACUGAACCCCAUUCUGUACAAACAUAGCGUCACCCGGCUAAACGGGGGAUACACGCUCGAAUGGGCCGCCAUUAACGGGUCAGCUUCAACCACCCGACUCAUACUGGAAGCAGGUGCCCCGCCAGACGCCUGCGAGUUCGAGCACUGGCGGCCCUUUGCCUUGGCCGCCCUUCACGGGCACAUUGAGAUAAUAGAAUUGCUAUAUGAAAAGGGCAUCAAUCCAUUAGCUACCGUUGACGACUGGAGAAACCCUCUUGGUUAUCAAAUAGACCCCGAAGACAGGCCAGAGGGACACCCGCUCUCUAUGGCGGCAUCGUACGGCCAUAUAUCCGUCGUCAAUCUACUACUUGAAUACGGCGUACGUCCUGAUCUCCACACAGACAACUACGAGAAGCGUACCGCUCUCCAUUUCGCAGCCGAGCACGGCCAUCUAGAUAUUGUCCGCGUAUUAGCUGACGUGGGGAGUCCGAUCGAUCCGCAAGACCAGAACGGCGAAACCCCUCUUGCGUUUGCGGCGCAAGCAGACCACCUUGAUGUCGUGGAGUUCCUGCUCUCCCGUGGAGCAGACCCUAACAUUACCACUAGAUACUCUGGAACCUCGCUCUGCAGGGCAUCCUUUUCCGGUAACAUCAAUAUUGUGCGAUGUCUACUCGAGCACGGGGCAACCCCUAACCCAUCCUAUCCAGACGGCCAAAAGCCCCUCCUUCAACUAUCUCGUGCAGCACUGGGAGGAUACGACGACAUCCUGGACCUCCUACUGGAUCGAUUUGACUACGUCAAGUCUUCCACAGAGCCCUACCAACAGGCCGUUCUCCUCUGCGUCGCUGCAAUAACCGGCCGCACCACCCUCCUCACCGACCUUUUAACAAAACACAACUACGACCCCGACCUCCGCGUCACCGACGACCGUAUCUUCUACCCCUACACAGCCUAUUUAACCCCUCCGACAACGGCCCUCACCUGGGCCGCAGAGUUCAACCAACCCGCCGUAAUCGACAUACUCCUCUCUCGGGGCGCAAGCAUCACACUACCAACUGACAGACCUCCAGCUCUCAUCCGCGCACUCCAAAGAGGCCACAAAGAAGCCACUGAAACCCUGCUCGCCCACGGCGCCAACCCAAACGAACUCCCGGGGAAAGGCCUCUCCAUCGUUGUCAACGACCCACCCCUAUUCUCCCUUCUCCUCUCCCACAAUACCGACCCAACCAAGCGCCCCUUCUACAACUCAAGGCUCAUUACCGACAUCCUUUGGUCGGGCAAUGCCGAGACGCUCCGCAUCCUCCUCGACCAUGCCGAGGGUCUAGAGCUAGUCGUCGACCCGCUACCGACAGGAAACGAAGUUGCACCAGCCUGGAUAUCGCUAUUCCAUGUCGCACUCUUGGGUGGCCAGGAGGUCUUCCGCCUCCUCCUUGAUCGGGGCUUACUGACACCACCGACCGAACCCGACGAUCGCACCGCGACGCGAUACCUCGAUUUCGCGAUCUGUAGAGGCGGGAGUUCGUUUACGAGUCUGCUUCUGGAUAUGGGAUUCGAUCUCCACGCAGGUGAUAAUGCGGGGUGCCUAAUUAAUCGGGCCGCGAGAGCCGAGAAAGAUCCUGAGGGAGUGCUUGAUUUCCUCUUGCAGAAUGGGUGUAGUAUCGAUGAUACUAAUUGGGAGGGUCGCACUGCUUUGUUCCUGGCUGCGUAUGGAAAGGAUGAGAACGUUAUGCGACGGCUCUUGGACAGAGGGGCGGAUCCGCUGUUUGACUUUUUGGGCGUGAAUGUGCUGUCGGUUGCGGUUAAAGAGAAUGAUGCGGGUGCUGUUAAGGUGCUUCUGGAGGUAUUUGAUGAGAGGGGCUUGGAUUUGGGUGAAAUAGAGGUAGCAUUGAAACUGGCAGAGCAGAACGUGGAGCAUCAUCGGGAUAUUGUUAAUCUCUUGCAUCGGUUUUAUUGGCGCAGGCGCUAUCCGGUGAGUACUUCUGAUGAUUCCUCCUUUGUCUCCUAA